CUGCGGAACUGCGCUGUCGUGAUUCAGUCAUUUCAGCAGGACAAAGCUGGGAGCUGACAUCUUUACUAAAGCAGCUCAAUGCUGUGUUUGAAGCUAAUAUCUGAGCUCAGGCUGGCGCUGGAAGUGUAGAAGAUGCUGGAGAGCCAGACUGAGGUGGAGAAGGCGGUGUUUGUUAGUAAUCUGCACAGCAGUGUGAAGGAGGAGAUACUGUAUGAGCUCUUUCUGCAGGCGGGUCCAGUGCGAAAAGUGGUCAUUCCAAGAGACCGAGAGGGACAGCAGAGGACUUUUGGGUUUGUGUACUAUAAACAUGCUGAAGCCGUCCCCUACUCCAUUGAGCUCCUAGAUGGAAUAUGGCUGUACGGUCGACCCAUCAGUCUGAAAUAUCCUUACGGACACUCUCGGCAGGGCUGCGGACCUGCAUCCCCAAACCUGCAGAACGGACUGGCAGGAAACAACACGCUCCCACCUCUGGAUGGAAACACCUGGAGUGACAUGAUAUCUGGUUUGCCCCUGGAUCACUUCUGUCCAGCUCUGUUUCCAGCUCAGGGGCAGCACUGGCCCACUGCCUCUACCCCAACCACUGCUGCCCCAAAGUGGCCUUGGCUGGACUCUGGAUAUGCCUCUUGGAUUGCUGGUUCAGAGGAGCCGUCUCCAGCCUGUGCCAUGUGUAGGCAAAGACGGACACGGAGCACACUCCUGGGAGUGGAAAGCAUCAUAAACGCAGAACAAGCCACGACAGGAAGCACAAGCGCAGGAGAAGACAGAAGGUUUAAGUGUAACUGUGAGCGAGUGCGCUUAUAUAGCUGCUUUAGUGAAGUUAAAAAAGACUCCUGUCUUUACUUCACUGCACAUAUAUCACUAAAUUGCACUUUAAGCCAGUUCCUGAAUUUUGUUUCUGUAUGUUAGUUAAAAAUAAUGCCCAUAACUUUAACAUUAAUUAAGUACAAUGCUGUACCUUUAUUUUCUAGCAGAAUUAAUAUUUCCAGUAAUGUUUCUGGCAUGGUAUGAAUAAAGAAAGAGAAGCAGUG